CUUGGCUACAUAAAUCAAAUAUAAUGUGUUGGUUGAAUGAUUUGCACCUUUAUAUUAAUUAUACAAACGAUGUUUUGGGAAACUAUUUCUUCUGGCGGAAGACUCUGUAGUGUCCCGAUUACGUUGUGUUUAGGCUUUUGGUUGCACUGGUGGAAAUGAAGUAGUCUAGGGCCUAUGUUUGUCCAGGAAUAGUAGUAUUUUGACAAAGUAAUAACUUUACUUUUCAAUCAUCCCUAUUGUAAAACGCCAACAUUUUCCGGUCUAUGGAAUGAUUAGGCCUACCUCCGAAGCAUAGGCCUACAUUUAUUAAAAAUGCCGCCAGGUGGAGCUAUAUGCAUUGGGGUAGCAAAAUAUGAAAUACGAUUGGCGGCUAGGCCUGUUCGCCUAAUAUAUAGCCGUCACGUAGCUGUUGAUAGAUGAUAGGUCCCAGAAUCAGUAGGCUACCUAAUCAGUAAGCUAUCUAUACUAGAUGAGUUACAGAGUGGUUAGCAUUUUUUUUUGUCAAAAAUGAAAAAGUUAAAAUAGAUUAUGUAGCUUACGUUGAAGCAUAUUUGUUUCUGUAUUUUGAAUGCGUUUGAUUGUAUUUGCUGUAGGGCCCCAGAAAUAUACAGACAUGCGUGUAAACAUUUGAUCCUAAUCAAGAUGGGCUACGCAAAAUAUAACAUUAAGCUUCCACAUUAUUGUGGGUCUAGCAGCCUAUUUCAUUUUUGACCAGAAACACUGAAAUAUGGACCUUCAAGGUCAACUGAGAGACAGUGUGUUGAGUGAACACUUGUUUUUGGUUAAACUUUAUUUUGUAACAUUCCCUGAUAUGAGAGAUAGCCUGCAUUAUUAAUACAUUCUUCAUUUCUGGUUUUCCUGUCACCUAGCGUACUCUAACCAUUAGCGUAUUUCUCCCACAAGGGUACAGACGAACUCUUGUCCGCAACAUUUUUUUCACCGUUUCAUUUGUUUCGCCAACGUUUGUAGAUCUUAGUUGUGAAGUUGCCUCCAGUGUCAGUUUUUCACCGACAGGUGGAGAUCACUUGCAUAUUGUGAACAUUGUCAUGUGGACAGUACGAGGGUACCCACCCACGGAUCUAUUCGAUUGAUGGUGCUUUACAUGCAUGGAAUCUGAGCACGGGGAGUUCCACCAGCGAGAGAGAGCCGGCGCGUGAUGAGAAAGCCCUGUACAUAUUUCCAAGUAGACUAGGCCUAUCAACGGACCAUGAAGGUGGUAGCAGACAGGAGCUCAUGUCCUGCGGAUAAUUACACCAGCCAACUCUGGGCGUAAGCUCACUGAAUCUGCAGCCGGGAUGGCUCAUGGUCGAAGAGGUCUCGUCGCCCCACAGAAUACUUUUCUAGAAAAUAUUGUUAGGCGAUCGAACGACACUAAUUUUGUCCUGGGCAAUGCCCAGAUAGUGGACUGGCCGAUUGUGUACAGUAAUGAUGGAUUUUGCAAACUGUCUGGUUAUCAUCGUGCCGAGGUUAUGCAGAAGAGCAGCACCUGCAGCUUCAUGAACGGAGAGCUCACAGACAAGGAGACUUGUGAGAAGGUUCGGGAGACACUUGAGAAUUAUGAAGUGAACUCCUUUGAGAUUCUUAUGUACAAGAAGAACAGGAUGCCAGUGUGGUUCUUUGUGAAGAUUGCCCCGAUCCGUAACGAACAAGACAAAGUAGUGCUGUUCCUAUGUACUUUCAAUGACAUUACAGCCUUCAAGCAACCUAUUGAAGAUGAAUCAUUAAAAGGUUGGGGGAAGUUUGCCCGUCUGACCCGAGCGUUGACGAGCAGCCGGGGCGUCCUCCAGCAGCUGGCUCCCGCUGUCCAAAAAGGCGAGAAUGUCCAUAAACACUCACGUCUGGCAGAGGUUCUGCAGCUGGGUUCUGAGAUCCUCCCCCAGUACAAGCAGGAGACGCCCAAGACCCCUCCUCACAUCAUCCUGCACUACUGCGCCUUCAAGACCACCUGGGACUGGGUCAUCCUGAUCCUCACCUUCUACACGGCCAUCAUGGUGCCCUACAACGUGUCCUUCAAGACCAAGCAGAACAACGUGGCCUGGCUGGUGGUGGACAGCAUCGUGGAUGUAAUCUUCCUGGUGGACAUCGUGCUCAACUUCCACACCACGUUUGUGGGCCCGGGAGGGGAGGUGAUCUCAGACCCCAAGCUGAUCCGGAUGAACUACGUGAAGACCUGGUUUGUCAUCGACCUGUUGUCCUGUUUACCUUACGAUGUCAUCAAUGCCUUCGAGAAUGUAGACGAGGGCAUCAGCAGUCUCUUCAGCUCCCUGAAGGUGGUGCGCCUGCUGCGUCUGGGCCGCGUGGCGCGUAAGCUGGACCACUACAUCGAGUACGGCGCGGCCGUGUUGGUGCUGCUGGUGUGUGUCUUUGGGUUGGCCUCCCACUGGCUGGCCUGCAUCUGGUACAGCAUCGGCGACUACGAGGUCAUCGACGAGGACGCCAACGUGGUGCGGACGGACAGCUGGCUGUACCUCCUGAGCGAAACGAUGGGCACGCCGUACCGCUUCAACGCCAGUGGCACGGGGAAGUGGGAGGGCGGCCCCAGCAAGGACUCGGUGUACAUCACCUCCCUGUACUUCACCAUGACCAGCCUCACUAGCAUCGGCUUCGGGAACAUCGCCCCCACGACCGACGGGGAGAAGACCUUUGCCGUCGCCAUGAUGAUGAUUGGAUCUCUUUUGUACGCCACCAUCUUUGGUAACGUCACCACCAUCUUCCAGCAGAUGUAUGCCAACACCAACCGGUACCAUGAAAUGCUGAACAGUGUCCGGGACUUCCUGCAGCUCUACCAGGUCCCUAAGGGCCUAAGUGAGAGAGUGAUGGACUACAUAGUCUCCACCUGGUCCAUGUCCAGGGGCAUUGAUACAGAGAAGGUGCUGCAGAUCUGCCCCAAGGACAUGCGUGCAGACAUUUGUGUUCACUUGAACCGGAAGGUCUUUAAAGAACACCCUGCCUUCCGCCUGGCCAGUGAUGGUUGUCUGCGUGCUCUCGCCAUGGAGUUCCAGACCAGCCACAGCGCCCCUGGUGACCUAAUCUAUCACGCUGGCGAGAGCGUGGACAGUCUUUGCUUUGUGGUAUCAGGGUCCUUAGAGGUUAUUCAAGAUGAUGAGGUCGUUGCCAUCUUGGGAAAAGGGGAUGUUUUUGGAGAUGUGUUCUGGAAGGAGCUGACUCUGGCACAGUCCUGUGCGAAUGUGCGCGCGCUCACAUACUGUGACCUCCAUAUCAUAAAGCGUGACGCACUGCAGAAGGUUCUAGAGUUCUACACGGCUUUUUCAAACCACUUUGCACGCAACCUGCAUCUGACCUACAACCUAAGGAAGAGGAUUGUUUUCCGGAAAAUCAGUGAUGUGAGGGAAGAGGAAGAGGAGAGGCUGAAGAGGAAGGAUGACGCUCCAUUGAACUUCCCUCCAGACCACCCAGUGCGCCGUCUGUUCCAGCGCUUCCGACAGCAGAGGGAGGCUCGACUGGCCGCUGAGAGGGCCAGGCAGGCCAUCCUGGAGGGGAACGGCGUGGAGAGGGCCAGGCAGGCCAUCCUGGAGGGGAACGACGUGGAGAAGGGCUGCAUUCGCUCGGAGCAGACCACAUUGGUCUGUGAAGUCAUCCCAUCCACGAGCAUCAUCACUGUCACAGAGAGCUCCACCCCCAUUACAUCAUCCACCUCCUCCUCCUCCACCACCAGACUCACCGCUCGUGCCAAACUCGACGCCCCCUACGGCACGCCAGAUAGCGUAAAGUCAGCCGAGCUGCCCAAGGGUCGGGGGUGGGGCCGCUUCAAGGAGGCGCCAGGCAAGCGCGAGCACCCCCACCACACCUGGGUCACUGUGGCCAAAGCAGAGUCCAUGGAGACGCUGCCAGACAGGACAAAGGCACAUGAUGAAGUCAUCUUGCUCAAGAAAACAGAUUCAUGUGAUAGUGGCAUCACUAAGAGUGACCUCCGUCUGGACAGCGUUGGGGAAGGGGUGACCCAAACACCUCAGGACUGCAGUCCAGUGCAGGCAGCAGGGGCAGGGGGAGCAGGGGGGGCAGGGGAGGGCGAGCGCCUCUUCCAGGUGACGGCGGAGCGGCUGGACGUGCAGACUGCGCUGCUGGAGCUGCGGCAGGAGCUGCGGGGGGAAAUGCGUGCCUUCAGCAGCCGCAUUACUGCACUGGAGGGACACUUGGCUGAGAUGCUGCGGCUCCUGCGGGUGAGGACCGGUUCAGCCUCCACCACCCCACACCUCCACCCCUCCCAACAGGCAGACCAGGACGACACACCGUCAUGAGGCCAGAGGAUGGGGAUGUCUGGAUGCUUUCAAGUUUUGAUGUCUGCUUUGUGUUUAGUCUUGACAUCUUGAUCAGGGUG